AUGGCGGUGGUGAAUGAUUUUGAAGAACUUUUUAACACGGUUAUCAAUGAUGUUGACCGUCAAAUUUUGUCUAAGUCGCUAUCGAAAGAUCAGGAAGAAAAUCUGAAAGAUGUCAUUUUGAAGAGAACGAAGGAAUUCAAUGUUGUUGCACUUGUUGAACGAUUAGUUACAGACUUGGAACACCACUACAAAGAAAAGCUACUCUCUGUAGCAGAUGGAAGCUAUGAUGGGUACUACCGGAGUCGCUUUUUUGGCAAAGAGAAAAGGAAAAAAGAUGGAAGUCGGGGCUAUAUAAUACCGAGUGAAGAUGAGAAACUUGCAUUCCUAGAGAAAGUAAAAAAGUUUCCAGGUGAUGUUUUUCAAGUUCCAAGUCUUACAGAUGCUGACAAAUGGUACAUGGUUGAUAUGUCACUGGGUGUUUGUACGUGUGAAACAGGAAAAGAUAGAUCUCCAUGUAAGCACCAAUAUCUCUUGUGGGUAGCCAAGUUGGCAAACUGUUUAAACUUUGUACCUGUUUCCUGUCCAGAACUGAGACAACAGUUUGCAUUAGUUGCACUUGGCCGAACACUUCCCACUUCCAAGUACACCUGUCUUCGUCACAUGGAUCCUGCACAGGAUUUGGUAUUAAAUGAAGCUGAAGAUGUUCUUCCAGAGCAAGGAAAAGAUGGAGAUAUUGAUGAGAUGCAAGCAGAGAAAUGUGACCAAUUCCCUUCCUCAGAAGUAAAUUGCAACAAAACACAAAGUCUGAUCAGUCAAGCUCAAAUUUCCCUCCAGGAAAGCUGCAAUCUACUUGCUGAGAAGCUCACAGAGAGUCAAGACAAGAAGAUGGCUGCAGGAGUUCUGAAGUUUACCGGCAAGCUUCAGAGACUUAUAAAAUCAAAUACUGGCAGUGGAAACCUCACAUCAGCACUUUUUAAUUUUGGGAUGUCCGAACUUAGCAAGUCCAAAAAUGGGAAAAAAAUUAAGGUCCAACCAAAUCGAAAAAGAAAAUCGGGCAAUGGUAGCCGUCAAGCAGUUGGUAAACAACACUCAUUCAGACUGGAGCCAUUAGUAAUCCCCAAGAAGAAAGCCAAACGUAGUCACAAUUUUUCAGUCGCUGUGAGAGAAAACACCCCUAUGGCUAAAAAAUGUGGCUCACACACAAUGAAGUCAAAAACUAGCCACCACACAUGA